AUGAACGAAAGACAAAAGGCUGAAUUAGCAGGAAAUAAAGGAAAAAGUUUAUUUUGCAAGAUUUCGCUUAAUGGAUCAUAUGGUUACGAUGCAAUGAAUACACAAAAUUACGCAAAGACUAAAAUAAUGAAUGCACAGAAGGCAUGCGUUGCAUGUAUGUCAAAUAAGUUUAAAAACAUAAGAGAAAUAGGUGAAGAUACAUAUCAAGUGAUGCUUAAAGAUAGAUUUUAUAGAUGUGAUACAUGUUUACAAGAGGCAUUCUUCACUUUAGAUAAUGCUAAAUACUGGUAUUUGGUUUUCAUUUAUGAUUUUAUGUAUAAAUGCAUGAAUGUUAAUCGUUUUCAUUUCAUUGAAGGUGAUACUGAUUCAUCUUAUUGGCAAUCGCUGGCGAUCCAAAUCUUCCUAACACUCAAGCAUUUCAAGCAAUUGUUACCGAUAAACAAUUUUAUGAUAAAAACAUUUUCAAAUUCGCACCAUUUGAUUUCUUCUGUUUUGAUGAGAAAUUUAAAACCUAAAUUAAAGAAUAAAGCUGAAGAAAAAGCACAUGAGAAGAAGUUAUUGGGUUUAGCAAUUGAGAAACAAGGUGAUAACAUGGUUGCUUUAUGCCCCAAGUGUUAUACAUCAUUCAACG